AUGGUCUUUAACGUACUGAUAGCAUCGUCUGUGAUCAAAACGGCCACCGUCGUUGGCUCUAGUCUGUGGCUCAUCCCGUUUCUGCUGGGAGCCAUCUCCUACUACCGGUACGAUCGCGUCGACCCGGAGUCGCGCGUCAUCAACCAGGACGCGCUGUACGCAGAGUAUGACUUCGUCGUCGUCGGCGGCGGUUCGGCCGGCGCCGUCGUGGCGAACCGAUUGACCGAGAUCCACCGCUGGAAGGUGCUGCUGCUUGAGGCCGGGCCGGACGAGAACGAAAUCUCGGACGUACCGUCGCUCGCGGCCUACCUGCAGCUCAGCAAGCUCGAUUGGGCGUACAAGACGGAACCGACCGGCAAGGCGUGCCUGGGCAUGGUGAACAACCGGUGCAACUGGCCCCGGGGGAAGGUGCUCGGCGGUUCGUCCGUGCUCAACUACAUGAUCUACGUGCGGGGCAACCGGAACGACUUCAAUCACUGGGAGUCACUCGGCAAUCCGGGCUGGGGUUACGAGGAUGUGCUGCAGUUCUUCGUGAAAUCGGAGGACAACCGUAACCCAUAUCUGGCGCGCAAUCCGUACCACGGCCAGGGCGGGCUGCUGACGGUGCAGGAGGCCCCGUGGCAUACACCGCUGGUGGCGGCCUUCGUCGAGGCGGGCACGGAGAUCGGGUACGAGAAUCGGGACAUAAACGGCGCGAAGCAGACCGGCUUCAUGAUCGCGCAAGGUACCAUCCGGCGGGGCAGCAGAUGCAGUACGGCGAAGGCGUUCCUGCGGCCAAUCCGGCUGCGCAAGAACCUGCACAUAGCGAUGAACGCGCACGUCACCAAGCUGGUGAUCGAUCCGGAGACCAAGCACGCGGUCGGUGUGGAGUUCAUCCGCGGUGGCAAGCGGCAUGUGGUGCGCGCUCGGAAAGAGAUCAUCAUGGCGGCCGGGUCGAUCAACACACCGCAGAUACUGAUGCUGUCCGGCAUAGGACCGAAGGCGCACCUGGACGAUGUCGGGAUCCCGACGCUGCAGGAUCUGCCGGUGGGCGAAAACCUGCAGGAUCACGUCGGAAUGGGCGGGCUGACGUUUCUCGUCGACAAACCGGUCGCCAUCCUGCAGAACCGGCUCGAGGCGGGCUCGGUCACGAUGAACUACGUCAUCAACGAGCGCGGACCGAUGACCAUACUCGGCGGGCUGGAGGGUAUCGCGUUCGUCAACACACCGUUCGCCAACGUCAGCGACGAUUGGCCGGACAUUCAGUUCCACAUGGCGCCCGCGUCGCUCAACUCGGACGGUGGCGCCCGGGUCAAGAAGAUCCUCGGACUGAAGGAGGACCUGUACAAGGAGGUGUUUCAUCCGAUCGAGAACACGUACAGCUGGACGAUCAUGCCGCUGCUACUGCGACCCCGGUCGCGCGGCUGGGUGCGCCUGAAGUCGAAGAACCCAUUCCACUAUCCGCUCAUGAACCCCAACUACUUCGAGGACCCGUUCGACGCGGCCACGCUCGUCGAGGGCGCCAAGAUUGCGCUGCGUGUCGGCGACGCGAAGGUGUUCAAGCAGUUCGGCAACCGGGUGCACCGGAAGCCGCUGCCCAACUGCAAGCACCACAAGUUCCUGUCGGACGCGUACCUCGACUGCCAGGUGCGCACGAUUUCGAUGACCAUCUACCAUCCGGUCGGCACUUGCAAGAUGGGCCCCCACUGGGACCCGGAAGCGGUCGUCGAUCCCCGGCUGCGCGUGUACGGCAUCUCCGGGCUGCGCGUGAUCGAUGCCAGCGUCAUGCCGACGAUCGUCAGCGGCAACACGAACGCGGCCGUCAUCAUGAUCGGCGAGAAGGGCGCGCACAUCAUCAAGGAGGACUGGUUGGGGCACGACCGGUAG